UCCUAGGAGUACAUGCAUCUAAUGGGCGAGUCAGCUGCCUGAAAGGUGCCUAUUGCGCUGAAGCUCGGCAAGGACCCUAGGUCGAAAGGGCUGAGCGUCAAGAUGCUGCCCUUCGUGCGGCAAAGCCUCGCGGUACUCGCUUCGCCGCAACAAGGCUUCGAUCCACUGCGCACGCUUUCGCAAAUCAGCAGCGUGCAGGCACUGCACUACCUCACGCUCGUAGUUCUCGUGCCCAUCUUGUUGAGGCUCUUCCCCGGCGUAUCGCAAGAAGCGCUGCGCGGCGAAGGUGGCGCGCUGCAGAUUGGGAUGCUCAUCGACUGGCGCGAGCUGGCGGGGCGACCGACGUGGGACUGGGACCCAGUCGACCGGCCCAGCAUCAGCUGGAGCGUGGAGCACAAGAAGGUGCAGGAUAUGUAUGAUAGCGCGAGCAAGGUGGACCUGGCGGCUAUGCAGGCCUGGCAAGUGGGAAGUGUAUGGCUCGAUGAUGAUACGCACUUGCAUUCACAACCGUCCGCCAGCUCCCCAUCGACCGUCAAGCUACCCUUGGUACUCAAGCCGGAUCAAUUGCGGUCAGAGGGGAAUCUACAAAACGGAAGGCGGGAUGAAAAUGAACAAAGCGCGGAGCAGCCAGCAUCGCAUGAAAGGGAGAUCAACUUGGAGCGGUGGGAGUGGGAGCAUACUCGAGAUUCCAGACGGGGCUGGGCCAUUGCACUUGCAUGGUGCCUGAGCGCAAUAGUAGACAUCCAUUUCCUCGCUCACCUCAUCCGCCGACCAGCGCACAUCCUCGACCACGUCCUGACGCUACAUCUGCUCAACCUCCUCAUUGCAUCUUUGUACGCCAGUAGCCUCCCCACGUCGCUCUUCUGGUGGCUCAUCAUGACGCUGCACGCGACAAUCUGCGCAAUCGUAGCAGAGCGGCUGUGCAUCAAGCGAGAGCUCACGGAUGGGUUCAGUAGCGCUCCGCCUGGGUUCGCUCGUGGAGUUGGCGGUGGCGCCGAGUCAGACGCCAGAGCAGAAGAGGGCCGCGUGCCUACGGCCAGGACGGCGGAUUUGCACAGCGACGGCGGACUGCAGCGAGGGCGUGUACCCCGCAACGAUGAACAUAGGACGACUAACACGACACAUGUCCUCUUUGACAAUGAGGAUGAUGAGGAUGUUGGCCGCACAUCGAUGGAAGGGGGACGUACGGGCAAGUCUUCGAACGCAAACGGUAACGGGCAUGGGAAUGGGCUUUAUGCCGAAUCGUACGAGAUGAAGGCUCGCACAGAGAAGGGCGGUCAUGCUGACUGACCGACGGAGCACAUCCUUCAACCAACAUCCUGCUGCUGCAAGGUGCCAUCGUGAUAAUUCACGUCUCUCCACGAACCCUACAAUGCACUGUAUUUCUA